AUGUCAACUCUUAAGGGCAAAGUUGUUCUUGUAGGCGAUACAAGUGUCGGCAAAACAGCCAUUGUCAACUGCUUCAACAGGCUCUCUAUUGAUGUUUCCCCAACAAUUGGAGCUAAUUCAAUCACCUGCAAUGUUAAACUUGAUUCUGGCGAAACAGUACAAUUAAACAUAUGGGAUACAGCUGGCCAAGAUGAUUUCCAGUGCUUGGUUCCAAUGUAUGCUCGUUGCGCUCAAGUUGCUUUAGUUGUUUACGAUCAAACACAACCAUCAAGCUUCGCAAGCACUGAAAAGUGGAUUGACCACAUGAAGAAUUCCGUCGGCGUACCAAAUGUAUUCCUUGUCGGUAACAAGAUGGAUCUUAAUGAAGUUGUUGAAACCGAAAAGGCUAUUGAGUUCGCAGAAUCCCAUCAAGUUAAGUUCUUUAGAACAUCAGCUUUAAACGGUAAUGGCGUUGAUGAUCUUUUCCAGGAAAUUGCUAUUGUUGUUAAUACUCCAGAGAAACAAUCUGAGGAAGUUCAACCUGUGUUCAAGACAGAUGUUCACUUAGAAGAAACAAAGGAUAAGAAGAAAACUGGAUGCUGCUAA